AUGGCCACUGCACUCGUUGAGUCAAUGCAAGAGCUUACGCUCAAGGAGCCUGAGGUCCAGCAAUCUGUGCAGUUUCGGGUGCCGGGCUUGGAGACCUUCGAGCUUCAGCUUCCCUCGGAGACCAAGGUCCGCGAUGUGAAGAAGAUGGCUAAGGAAUACUGCAACAUCGAGCCUGAGCACAUGCGCCUCAUCUACAACGGCCGUCAGCUGAAGGAUUGGGACACUCUGGAGUGCUACGACGCCAAGGCAGACAGCGCUGUGCAGAUCCUCUUCACCGCAGGGCACGUCGCCAUGCUGGGAGGUGUGGGAGGCACUGGCGGCGGCCCACGUGGUGGUCAUGGCGCUCAGCCACAGCGAAAUCCCUUCAGCGCCCCUGUGCGUGGCCUUCCAGGGUCCAAGGGCCUGCGCAGCUCCCGCGUCUCUGGCCGUCCCGGCGGCAUGGCCCUGAUCCGAAAGUAUGGCAUCAUGAUGAAGCGUCAGGAGUUCCGUGAGAAGGCUGAGGAGAUUGGCUUCGUGAAGUACCGCUGA